AUGCUUAAACAUAUCCCGAGGCUAAAUUUGUUUUCUGUUGCGAGCUCGAGCAGCACUGCUCCAGCUACUAGUUGGGCGGAGAUCUCGAAACGGCCAAUUCUCGAGCCAAAAAAGGCAAAAUCUGAAACUGAAGCGACCUCGUUUGUCGAUUAUCGAAGGGUUCGAUGCAUCGCCGGAAAUGGCGGAAAUGGGAUGGUGUCGUUCUUUAGAGGAUACCGUAAACCAUUUGGUGGGCCGGAUGGUGGCGAUGGUGGGCAUGGUGGACAUGUGAUUUUUAGAGCAAAGAAAAACGUAAAGGAUUUGUCGGCGAUUAACUCAAUCUGUCGUGCUCAAAACGGCGAAUUCGGACACUCAAAAUCGUGUCAUGGAAAAUCAGCCGAACACAAAGAGAUUCUCGUGCCGAUUGGAACUGUCUUCAAAUGUGAUGGAGACGUGGUUUACGAAGUGAAUAAGGAGGAUGAUAUAUUCAUUGCUGCUCGUGGUGGAAUUGGUGGAAAAGGAAAUCAAUUUUAUGUUUCGAAUGAGGUCAGAAAACCAGUCAAAGCGGAAUUUGGAGGACAAGGCGAAGAGAUGGUUUAUGAUGUUGAAAUGCGCGUUAUGGCGACAGCCGGACUUGUUGGAUUCCCAAACGCUGGAAAAUCAUCAUUACUUCGUGCGAUUUCUCGAGCGAAACCCAAAGUUGCCGCGUAUCCAUUCACCACACUUCGCCCACACAUCGGAGUUGUAUUUUAUGAAGAUUUCGAACAGAUUUCUGUUGCUGAUAUUCCGGGACUCAUCGAAGACGCGCAUUUGAAUCGCGGGCUCGGCGUCUCGUUUUUGAAACAUAUCGAAAGAUGCAGAUUUUUGUGGUAUGUUUUGGACUAUUCCGAAGGAAAUUUAAAAGAGCAAUAUGAGAUGUUGAAAUUUGAACUAGAAGGAUACAAGCCAGGACUCAGUGACCGUGCUUCUACAAUUAUUGUCAACAAAAUUGACCUUGCCGAGCAGAAAAAGGAUGAUUCGAUUCAAAAGCUGUUUUCCGAUUUGCCGGUUUUUACGAUAUCGGCUCAACAACGAAUCGGCCUUGAACCUCUAUUAAUUCACCUCAGAGACCAAUAUGAUAGUAAUAAUGACGAACAAUAA